AUGGUUUUAAAAUAUUGUGAUAGUGGAAAUUUUAGAAAUUACUAUCUGAAUAAUGAACCAGCUUAUUAUUUAAAACUUAAUAAUUUAAAGGAAAUUGUAAGAGGACUUCUAGAUAUUCAUAAUGCUGGAAAGGUUCAUAAAGAUUUUCAUUCAGGUAAUAUAUUAUAUAGUUCUGUUGGUUAUCCAUUGAUAAGUGAUUUAGGAAUGUGCCAAUCAGCAAAUAAUGAAAAGAAAUUAGUUAAACAAGAAGGAAUUUAUGGAGUAUUACCUUAUAUGGCACCAGAAGUUUUACGUGGAUAUCAAUAUACAAAAGCAUCUGAUAUUUAUUCAUUUGGAAUAAUGAUGAAUGAAUAUAUAUCUGAAGAAACUCCUUAUAAUAAUAUUCCUCAUGAUUAUGCUUUGUCUAUUAAAAUAUGUAAAGGACUUAGACCAAUUAUUUUUAAAUAUACACCAAAAUUACUUGCAGAUUUGAUCACUAAAUGUUGGGAUGCUAAAGCAGAAAAUAGACCAACUGCUAAAGAAUUGUAUCAAAUAUUAAAUAAAUGGGAUAAUUAUGGAUAUGAUGAUAGUGAUACUAAAUCUCAAGUAAAUGAAUAUGAUGAUAAAAUCAAAUUAAACAGAACAAAUGAAAAAAGAUCUAAUAACAUUCAAACACAUCCACAAGCAAUAUAUACUAGUAGACUUUUAAAUUUUAAAAAUCUUCCAGAACCAGUAAAUUCAGAUGCAAUUCAAUCAACAUUAUUUUCAGAAGGUUUUGAUUGCCAAUUAGAUGAAUCAGAUCUUAAUGAAAUGAAUCAAGAUGAUGAAAAUAAUAUUGAAUGAAGUUUUCUUUUGAAUCAGAGAAAUUAGUUUAA